AUGUACCACACUUUGAUAACUGUUUUACCGGUUUAUGCGCCCGAGUACAUGGCGCAGGUGUGUCCGAACACGAGGAACCUCAACCCCGCAAUCUUCGAAUGGAGCCCAACCACCACCCUUGCUUUAGCGAUGAUCUAUAUCGGUGCUACAGUCCGCAUCAUGGCGUACGGUGGCUUGGGUCGGUUAUUUACCUUUCAUCUUGCGCCGCCGGACCGACUUGUUACCUCUGGUAUCUAUCGCUGGAUUCAGCACCCAAGCUACUCGGGGUUGACGCUUAUUAAUGUGGCGACAUUCAUGUUGUUUGUUCGUUGGGAUGGUCUGUUUGCGUGUUGGAUUCCAGAGUCUACGCUGGCAAUACUUGAUGGGUGGGGUAUUCCCAUCAUUUCUACUGCUGUGAGCUUUCAGGUGUUUCUCUUGGCUUUGCGAGUGAGGGAUGAAGAAGACAUGCUAAACCGCAAAUUUGGGAACGAGUGGGAAGAAUGGCAUGCUAAGACCAAGAGAGUUAUUCCUGGGAUUCUUUGA